GGGGCUCGCCGCCAAGUACAAGGUUCCUCUCCCGCUCUUCGCAGGAGCCUUGUGAGAUGGGCUUGAAGUAGCAUUCUUCGAACUGCUGUAAGAAUCAUGUCGGCAGCAGCUGGACAGAAAAAGGGACCCGGCAGGCAGCGCAAGUGCGGCUUCUGCAGAUCCAACAAAGAUAACGAAUGUGGGCAGCUACUGCUUUCUGAAAACCAGAAGGUGGCAGCACAUCAUAAAUGUAUGCUCUUUUCAUCUGCUUUGGUAUCUUCACACUCUGAUAAUGAGAGUCUUGGAGGCUUUUCCAUUGAAGACGUUGAAAAGGAAAUAAAAAGAGGUACCAAGCUGAUGUGCUCCUUAUGCCACUGUCCUGGAGCAACUGUUGGUUGUGAUGUAAAAACCUGCCACAAGACUUAUCACUACUAUUGUGCGUUGCAUGAUAAAGCUCAGAUCCGAGAGAAACCUUCUCAAGGCAUUUACAUGAUAUUAUGUCGAAAACACAAGAAAGCACCACACAACUCUGAAGAUUUAGGAGAAGGUUUAAAUGAACUAAAUGAGUUGGAAACAUCCCCUCCCAAAAAGAAGGGGCGCAAAGGAAGGCCCAGAAAAUUGAGUCUCAAAGGGCAGCCAGAAGAUACUCGAUCCACAUCUUCACAUGGCACAGAUGAUGUAGAAAGCAGUUCUUAUAGAGACAGAUCGCCACACAGAAGCAGCCCCAGUGAUACAAAACCUAAAUGUGGAUUCUGUCAUGCAGGUGAAGAAGAAAAUGAAGCUCGAGGGAAGCUUCAUAUAUUCAAUGCCAAAAAGGCAGCUGCACAUUACAAGUGCAUGCUGUUCUCCUCUGGCACUGUACAAUUGACAACAACUUCAAGGGCAGAGUUUGGUGAUUUUGAUAUUAAAACUGUACUUCAAGAAAUCAAACGAGGGAAAAGAAUGAAAUGCACCCUUUGUAGUCAGUCUGGUGCAACUAUUGGAUGCGAAAUCAAAGCCUGUAUCAAGACCUACCAUUACCACUGUGGAGUGCAAGACAAAGCAAAAUACAUUGAGAACAUGUCACGAGGAAUUUACAAGCUUUACUGUAAAAACCACAGUGGAAACGAUGAGCGAGAUGAAGAGGACGAAGAGCGAGAGAGUAAAAGCCGCGAGAGGUCAAUAGCUGACCAUAGUGGAGUUUCGCAGCAGCUCAAUGGAAACUAGGUUCAAGUUAAACGGAAUGAAUAAGACAUCCAUGAUUACUAAUUUUUGUUUUUGUUUUGUUUUGUUUUUUAAAAAAGGCUUUAUAAAGUCUGAAAGGGGUUGGGACCCCCCUUUUUUCUUUUCUUUUUUACUGCCUGACUGUUAGAAAUGUCAUUGAGCUGCCAGAAGUGUUCAUGUGUGAGCCUUCGAUGAGUGGCAUGUCAAUAUUAUGUAGCUAGUUAGUCUGCAGUGUUUGGAGAGAACAACACACCUACCCUGAAACACUAUACAAAUGAGAUGUAAAUGUGUACAGUGUCAAAACAACAGCAAACAUUGAAAUAGGAAGCAUGGUUUCUGGACUAAAUGAAUCUUCCAAGAUGCGGAAUAUGUUAGGUUCAAUGAUUUUGUGCAGCAAGGGAAAGACAGAAGGUUUAACGUGCAAAGCAGACAUGACUGUGCCAUAGGAAGACUGUAAAGAAGUGCAUUUUGCAUUUACCUUCACUUAAGAACCAUGGAGGGAAACUGUUGUCCUCUUUUUUGCAAAAGCACACAGUGCAUAGGAAAAAAAGAAAAGAAUCCUGCAGCUCCCAGAGCAUGUGCUGAACCAUUGGGAUCUUUAUUCCUGUUAAGAUGGUUUCUACUGCCUAGCAUUCCUUGCUGAGAUGACUCAAGCUGCUGUUGACUAUAAGCUGUGAGCUUCAGUACUCAUGCCAAAGGGCUGUGGUUCAUUCUUUCCCCCCUGCUCCCACCCACUCACCACCUCUUCUAGUCUCCCUGCUUUACCCGUGGCUAAUGGCAACUGAAAACCAAGUCUUCACUUCUGGAGGCUGCAGGAGUGGGGGGAACACUCAACCUGUCUUAGAUUUAAGAGUUCCUGCUUAACUCUCACUAUGGAAUUUAGCCACCUUUAUUGGACAUCAUACCUCAAUUGCUCUGUGCUGCGUGGAACACAUCAUGUUUUGUCCAAAAAUAAAAUAUGUACAGAUCCCGUAUGCUGUAAGAAGAAUGCAGAAUAAGAUUCUGGGUUUUGGUUUUUUUGUGUUCUUUUUUUAAUAUAGAAAGAGGUCAGUAUUUAUUUUGAGUCUUGUGACCACUAUAUGAGAAUGUUCUAGUAUUUGAUUAAGGCUUCCUGGCAUAUCAGCAAGUUAAAUGCUGUUAAAAUCUUCCAAAUGCUCUGCUGGAGCCUAAUUUAUGCCAAGUCUUAACAUCCCAGUUAUGAUGUCAUUGAAUCUUGGUAUUUCUAUUCAUUUCUUCUGUUGUCCUAGUAAAGCCUAUUGUUUUCAACACAACCAAAAAAUACAUAUAUACUUGUUUGCAAGCUAGCAAGUUCACUCUAAAUGUUGCUAUAUCUUUUGAAUUCGAGGCAAAACUUCAAAAGGAAAUAUACUGACCAUUGGUCAGAAAACCAGAAAGGUUCACUAGCCGUGGAUAUGGCAAAAAGCACUCCAUGAAUAUGAUUUAUGUUUCUGACUUCCGUUUCUGAAGCCUUUUUGAGUUUCAUUUUAUUUUUGAUCCUUUGUUUUUUUAAAUGCAUUUAAUUGAUGUGUUGAGGGACUUAACUAUUGUGUAUAAGAACAAAUACUCCCUCAAAUUGAAAUUCAAUCCAGUUGCAUUUGAAAACUUCCUGGAGGAAUGCAGUUUUCGUAGAAAAGUUGUGUAUAAAAGUUAACUGCUCUUAUGCCAUUGACCAAUUUUUAUUAUUAUUAUUAUUUUUUGUAUUGUAACAUUUAAGAUUAAAGGCGCAACUUGUACUGAAAUAGA